AUGGAAAAUCCAGAAGCUCUUCUACAUCAUACGAUAACACAAGAGCUGCCAAAUGACAUUACUUUGUUAUCCAGAGGUACGGAGAACCUGGAGAAGGCCGCCAGUUACUGCGAGUAUGUUUAUGUUGCUGUAAGUUAUUCUAUUUUUUCAAGUUAAGGUUUUUUAGAUAAUAUUUGAUAUGAAGUUAUAAUAUUUUUCCUGGGCUAAAGUUUGUAUGUUUGAUGCACCCUGCAUAUUUUAUUUAAUUUCUCCGAAAUUCUUGAUCAAAUAUUAAAAAUUAAUCAAAUAUUGGUUUCUUCAUAAAGGUUUUUUUUAGCCUGACAGAAAUCAGACCGCAGUGUUAGAAGAGACUAAGCGAAUCUCGAUUCAAAGUUUGGCAUCUGUAGCAACGAAUGUAAAUGCUAUUUCGAAUAAUCUUUGGAAGGCGAUGGCCAUAGAAUCUGAUAAAAUGACAAGCCGACAGAGUAAUCUGAAAAAUCUCAAAACCGUGAGUCAUAAUUUUGUUAGUUUUUUGGUUUCUAGAGCUGAUUAUAACAGUUGAUAUAAAGGACACUGGACUCUUGAUAGAAAGUGGGAUAAAAGUCAUGAAAGGCGUCUGAUAUAAAUGUAUUAUUAGGUAUAUAAACGUUUAGAACAGAUAUGUGAAUAUGUAUAAGAUAAAUUAAAUAAAAUAUACAUUUUACUUUUAGAUAAUCAAUAUCACCAGAGAAAAAGCGGCCAGAAGAGAAAUUGGUAGAUUGGCAGAACAUAGGACAAGCGAGCCAACAAACAAAAGGAUAGCUCCUCCAACUAUCGUACGUUUAAUCUUACAUUAUACCUAAUAGAAAUUAAAAAAAAACAGAUUUUUUAUAUGAAAACUGAACAAACGACAACUAUGUGCAAUACCAACUUUAAAUUGUCGUAACAUGUUAUAUUUAUAGGAAAAAGCAUCCCGCUACCAACGAACAGCCAUUGACUUUACCAUCCUAGAUGACGUUGGGCAUGGAGUAGUUGUGCCAGACCAAGCUCGUAUGGGUGGUACAGUAAACCGAACUCAUUCCAUAAUCUCAGGUGAUAGUGUUGCUUAUGGUACCACACAUUUAAAUAGUUCUGGCGGAAUUUAUGAACAAUGGAUGCCUUCCCAAAUACCACAUGGUAUGUACAGUCAAGAUACGCUAAGGCCGAGUAAAGACCAAUACGGUACUUAUGCUUGUUCUACUCUCAAAAGGCAUCAACCUCAACAUUCAGUUGGUGGAUACAACAACAAUAACCAGAUAUAUAUGUCAUCAACGUUGAAUUCACGGGCAUUGCCAUCGGUUUACAAUUGUAAGUGUGAAAUUUUAAGUUUAAGCGGCUUACCAUAUCUAAUAACGACUUUUUGGGUCUAACUUUAUGAUAUUUUAGCUAGAAGUACGAUAACAGCGGAUUCUAAUGGAGAUGAUGAUCGAUUACCUUCCCCACCAACAGUUCUCAGUAAUGUACCUGCUACUUAUAUUGCCAAAGGUAUGAUCUUAACACAAUGUGAAGCCAUUAGUUCAAAUAACAAAUCUUUAACGAUAUUGUUGUAGCACGUGCCUUAUACGAUUAUACAGCAGCUCGACCAGACGAGCUUAACCUUACUGCAGAUGCCAUAAUAUACAUAGUACGAAAGAACGACGACGGGUGGAAUGAAGGAGUAUUGGAUGGAGUUACAGGACUAUACCCUGAUAAUUAUGCUGAAGAAAUACUUUAA